GCAAUGUUCAGUCUCUGCAUGGUUGAAAGUGAAGCUGAUGAAGUGAAUUUGCAUGGUGUCACAAGCCUCGGUUUAAAACAGGCCUUGGACUUUGCAUAUACUGGACAGAUCCUCUUGGAACCAGGGGUGAUACAGGAUGUAUUAGCAGCUGGGAGUCAUUUGCAGCUGCUGGAGCUUCUCAGUUUAUGUUCUCACUAUCUAAUUCAGGAAUUAAAUAGUUUAAAUUACUUGGACCUGUAUAAGCUCGCAGACCUCUUCAACCUCACUUUGUUGGAGAAUGCAGUGGUUGACUUCUUAGUAAAACAUCUUUCUGAGCUAUUGAAGAGUCAUCCUGAAGAAGUUCUGGCACUCCCAUACUGUCUCCUUCGAGAGGUUUUUAAAAGUGAUAGACUCACUUCACUCAGUGAAGAACAAAUCUGGCAG